AGAUGGCCGCCUUCAAUUCGCUCGUGUCUUGCUGUAGGCGGCUGCUCCGGGGAUUCCUGGAGGGCCCAGCAGCCACCAGCUGGGCUCGGCCUCCUGCUCGCGAGUUCCGGAAAGUGGUGGAGAUCCAAGAAGGGAAGACGACUAUAAUUGAAGGUCACAUCACAGAGAGUCCCAAGGAGAGUCCAAAUCCCCCUAACCCCUCUGGCCAGUGCCCCAUCUGUCGUUGGAACCUGAAGCACAAAUAUAAUUAUGAGGAUGUCCUGCUGCUGAGUCAGUUCAUCCGGCCUCAUGGAGGCAUGCUGCCCCGAAGGAUCACGGGCCUGUGCCAAGAAGAGCACCGCAAGAUUGAGGAGUGUGUGAAGAUGGCCCACCGAGCAGGUCUGUUACCAAAUCACAGGCCUCGGCUUCCUGAAGGGUUUGUUCCCAGGAGCAAACCACAACUCAACCGGUACCUGACCCGCUGGUCUCCCAGCUCCGUCAAGCCCAUCUACAAUAAAGGCCACCGCUGGAACAAAGUGCGCAUGGCCGUGGGGUCGCCCUUGCUGAAGGACAACGUCUCCUACUCAGGAAAACCUUUGGUGCUGUAUCAUUGA